GCACAGGCGAGGCUCCAUAGCUCGCUCACAAAUCCACAAUCCAAGGCUUGAAUCCCAAGUUGCAGCAGACAGAGGAGGGGAGGGCAGUUAUCUAAGGCUCUCAGCACCCCCAUGUGCCUGCUUGGAUCAUGGAGCUGCACUGUCUUCCUACUGAGACCCCCACCUCAGCCAGCUCCUGCUCCACGGACCCCCUGUACGACAACUGCCCACCUUUUGCCCAGCGAGGGAGGGCCAGGGAAAGGGAAAUGGAGAGUAGGGUUGUGUGCCCGGCUGUAACCAGACUCCCAGGCCCCUGCAGCCCUCAGCCUGGUCUGGCCCCAGCUGUGGCUGAGGUUCCCACACUGGUCGGUGGGGGAAGAGUGACUGGCCCCUGGCCAGAUCACAGCUACUGCAGCUGGAGAGGAGGUCUGAGAAGACAGGGCUGGGAAGCAGAGCUGGGCCCAGGCAUAAACAGAACAAGAGGGGGAGAGAGAGGAGGAGGAGAACAGGGCGGUAGCUGGGGAGUUAAGGACAGAGCUCAUCUGAACCAGAGCCCCAACCCAUCACAAAGUGAGGAGCACAGGAGUGCUCUCUCUCUGUAUGAUAACCUCCCCGAUGCUGUCACUCCUGACAGCCUCCAAGAAGUCUUUGACAUGGAAACAAGCUUCCAGGAGCAGAUGUACCAAGCAUGGGCCCCUGACCAGAUCCAGGGAGUGAUGGACGGCGAGUGUGUGAGCGAAGACAAGAGCACAUGGUCCUCCUGUGAGAUCAUCCUUGCUGAAAGCCGUUUCAGUAACCAGGACCAGAAUCCAGACCAAGACAAGAAACAUGAACAGGAGCCAGAGCUGGACUCAGGAUCCUUUGGAUUUAAGCAGGGGGACCCGAUGCUGAACCUCCAGCUCCAGAUGCCACCUCCUCAGCAUCCUGCAGCAAGUUCCCCUCAGUUAUCCCAAACUGCGUGCCAAGUUAUGUGGCCCCCAGCUGAAGCCCAGCACCCAGAGCAGCCAUCCUGGUCUCCCAGGGUGCCCCCUCCGGUUCCCUUGGCGGACCCCUCCGCCAGUGCCCUUCGCAGCCUCCUCACCAGCCUCCAACAGCAAAUAGUCAGACAGAGGGAGGAGUACGAGGCACGCAUACUCAGCCUGGAGCAAAGAAACGAAGAGCUCCAGGUAGAGGUUGUUCGGUUGAAAACGAACCUCGCCCAGCAGCGGCACUGGUACCACGCUGUCCAGGCUAAGAUUGCAGAGUCUGAAAGGGGCCGGGCCGCCGCAGAACUUCGCAAUGCAACUCUGCAGAAGGAGAUGGAGCAGUUCUUUGACACUUUCGGAGAGCUCAACAACGAGGCCAAGAAGACAGAAUAUAUAGUCAAGAGCUUUUGAGAAAAGAAUGUAUGAAAUGUGUGUGCUGAUGUGAACAGUGUGUGCUAAGAGAAGGACAAAAGGCACAAGACUGGUUAGUCUUUAAACUCUAGUUAGGAUCAUGUUUAAUAGUUUGUCACCACCUAUGCAGAAUACUUUCUUACCUAAUUGGGAGAGGUUUAAAGGGACAGUUCAACAGAAAAUAUUCAUAUUUUUCCAUUUACCUGUAGUGCUAUGUAUCCGUCCAGAUUGUUUUGGUGUGAGUUGCUGAGUGUUGGAGAUAUCAGCUGUAGAGAUGUCUGCCUUCUCUUGAAUAUAAUGGAAAUAGAUGGCACUCAGUUUGUGGUGCUCAAAGCACCUAAAGAUAAAUUUGGAAAAACUCAACAGCAAUGUCUCUUCCCCAGGAAUCAUGACCCAGAUACUAAAGAUAAUCCACAGACUUUGUUGUGAGCAGUUUCAUCUAGGAACUAUUUUCUUUCUAUCUGACUACAUCAGCAGACCAUACCAUUGCGCAGAAGGAAGGGUGAAUCUACUGCUAGCUCUCCUAGCACCACUGAGCUAGCUAAUGUUACAGUUCAGCCAAGGAGGACAGCAUUAAUGUUUACAUCUUGCACUGUCACAAGCAGGAGCCUCUUAUCCAUGAGUAGAUGCACACUUCCUUCUGCGCAGUGAUACGGCGGGUGUACUAGUUCAACAGAAAGAAAAUAGUUCUAACAUGAGAUUACUCACUGUACCCGACUCAGAAUUACGUCGAUCAAAUCAGAUUUGGCCAAUUCGUUGUUGUUUUUUACGAAUAAGGAUUUAAAGUUUGAACGGGCUCAGCGGGAGGUUCAGUGUGACAACAGCAUUCAUGUUAUAUAGUAACAAGCUAACUAUGCUAACGACGGAUCGGAAACGUGCAACAAUUUUUGCUGACACCGGAUAUUAAACAAAAGCCAGAGACUGUGUUGUAUUAAGUAUCAGUGAGCUGUAAAUACACCACUUCAAAGCUGAAAUGAAAAGAUAAUGUUAUCUCAGAAUCUUCCCUCUGUGCGUCUGCAGCUGACUGUACCAAGGGGUAGCGUGAGAGUCAAGAGCCCUCACACCACACCAAAAUCUGGGCAGCAAAUCGCCUCAGAAAUGCACUGCGCAGCACACUAACUAGCAAAAACAAACGAAAAACAAAGAUUCAACUUGAAGCAGUCUUAGUUGACUGAGGGAUCUCCAACUGACGAUUCGAAUCUCCAACUUUUAAGGGGCAGUCUUAACAAGGUCUGGGGAUUAUCUUGAGUAACCAGGUCAUGAUUUCUGUAAAGAGACAUUGCUGUUGCGUUUUUGGCGCUUUCGGCACCACAAGCUGAGUGCCAUCUAGUUCUAUUACACUGGAGAGAAAGCAGACAUUUCUACGGCCGAUAUCUCCAACACCAGAACAACCUGGCAAGAGGGAAAACAUGCGUUACGUAUUUUGGGGUGAACUGUCCCUUUAAGUGAUGUGUGGUUAUGUCUUCAUUAAGAAUCUGAGACAGAUACAAAACAUCACUGAAAGAAAAUGAAUCACUGAUGUCCACUUUAUUAGUUACGUAAGGGCAAAAGAUGUUGGCCGGGUGAUUAUAUUGUGGUCAUUGCAAUCACACAGGACAUCUCUGAAAACAAAGGCAGAAAUAAACUGAACCAAAAUGUGAGAUGUACAGUGUAUACAAUGGAGCUUUCUUUUAAAAAACCAAAAAACCAAAAAAACAUGGUAAACAUUGUAACAGAGGUUCUGAGCACUGUAACGCUCAGUCCUUAUCUGAUCAGAUUUGUGGGAGUGAAUUGGCCACUCCUCGGGUCAUUUAAGGCAUGGCUAAAAGAAUAAGGUCAUGGUUUUAAAAAAAAAAUAUAGUGUACAACAAUUCAGUCCUCUGUGACUCCAUAGUGUCGUAUCUCUGCAUGUCCAUCACACUGUGCAAUCAGUUCUGCAAAAAGCAGCUCCACAGUCCAUUUCUCUCGUCUUUAAGUUUCCAUCUCAGGUUCCAAGGUCCGGAUUUUCAUUCACGCUGUCCACAGUCACAUCCUCAUUUUAAACCACGACAUGUCUGCUUUUUGUUGAGGGGGGCAACUUCCUCCUUAGACUCUGCCCUUACAACCAGGCGACUGCUGUCUUUAAGGAUGAUUCAAAGGAGAUUACGAAAGAGAGCGCCGCACAGCACAUUGUCAUAACACACACGCGCACACAUAUAUAGGUUUACAAUGCAAAAAAAAAAUACAACAUCUGCAUCAAACAGGCUUUCAGAACCAAGAACAUCAAGGUACUGUAGGUAAAAGAAACGGACCUGAACGGAUUUCUCUUGAUAAGAAGAACUACGGUAUCUUAUUGGCAUCUUUAAUGCCUUCAUGCAAGUUAAACACCAUUAUUUGGGUUUUACUGCCUUAACAUGUGUUCUAUGUGAUGUCUUAUUCAUGAUGAAUUGUGUGACUGUUCCAGUACUAGUGGAAUGGUUUAGAAAAGGAUCAGCCAAUGCACUGGUUUGUCAAUGAAAUGCGUUGACGAGAGGCUUAUUUUACACUGGCCUCAACGUGAUUGUGUGCAACAUUUUGCAAGAACACAAAAAUAAAUACAUGUAUCUUUUUGCCUCUCCAAAAUUUACAGGAUUACGAUGUUCUUUUGAUAUACACAUUGUUAGUCGGUACCUUUUGUCCAAUGGGGUGCAAUAUAUAGCUCUACAGGUAUGUUGAAAUUUUAAACAAAAUGAGCACACCGUAUCUAUUAGUAAUGAAAUGGUCUACGGCCACUAUGAGCGUCAGAUCAUCUUUACAUACAGUACAUUAUAUCAGGAAAUAAAAGUGUAACACUGCAACCACAGCUUCCCCCAGCUGUCAGGAGGAAAAGCUCAAAAUCCACAUCACUCGAGGCAAAUAAUUAAAAAAACAAAAACAGUGCAGAAAGCACCACUGUGGAGAUCUGCGUUUGAUCAUCAGAUGGACAUCACGUGGUUGGCGCCAUCGACUCACGGUAAGCUUUUGCUCUUAUCGGCGUAACAUGCAUGAGAGCAGCUGGCAGCUGUGGUCUAUGUUCAGUGCGCGUCUGCUUUGAUUUGAUAACCUCUGGACUCAACGUAAUAUUCGCUAAAAAAAUAAAA